AUUGGCGCUGCUGGCGACAUUGGCGGCGCUGCCAUCCAAAACUCAUACCAGACUGCCACGACGAGCUCCAGCCAAGGCUCGAGCGCAGCGGGCGAUCUCCAUGGAUCCGGUCUCGAGAACUCGGCAGGACAGAUGUCCGGCGCGGCGGGCGAGAACCUCGAGGGCGCCGCUGGCGUUGGCGCGAACGGUGCUGGCUCACUCGGAGCAUCAGGUGCAGCAGGCCAAACGGCAGACGGUGCCGCGGGCGUUGCUGGCACUGCGGCUGGCGGCGCUGGCGCAGCAGGUGGUGCUGGAACUUCCGGCGCAGGCCUCGCAGGCUCUGCCUCUGGCCAGACUGGCGCAGGUGCUGGCGCGACCAACACCGGCGCAGGCGGCGCUGCCAUCUAG